AUGGCAACUCCAAAUAUUACUAACAGAUUGUAUUAUUUCCCAAAACCAACCCGAUGGUCAAAGGGUGUAGGUGCAGCAUUACCAGAAGCGUAUAAAAAAUUUUGGCGUGAAUGGAAAAAUCAACAACCGGCAGCGGUUCAUUAUAUUCCUGAUACUAGGAAGUAUUAUUUUGAUGAACAGCUUGGAAUGCCGGUUCGAGUACAAAAUACCCCAUUGCGGUUGCUUUAUCCAAAAGAACUGGACCAAGGAAUCUGGGGAGGGGAGGCUGUGGUCCAAGGGUUCCUCAAAAAAGGCCAGAAAAAAAGGCGAGUUGCCAAAUUUUGGGUCCCGAGGUUACACAAAUCUGUAGUCUACAGCGAAGUACUAGACAAACAUAUAAGAACAGUCGUUACAUCACGCACUAUUGAUUUAAUUAACGAGCAUUAUGGUUUUGAUCAUUAUUUAUUGAAGACACCAGCAUGUGAUCUGAGGUCUUUAUUAGCGCUGAAACUCAAGCGUCUCAUUCUAACAGCCUUAGCUGACAAAACUUUGUAUCCAGAUGAUCCUGAGAAACGUGAAGAAGUUUAUAAUCAGUACAAAGAAUACUUGACUGCUUACACACGAGAAGAAAUUGAAUGGUACGGACUAACCUACGCAGAAGCAGUAAAAAAAUUUUUGGAAAUCGAACGCAGUAAAGAAGUAAUCACUCCCUUAAAAAUAAAGUACCGGUCUGAGUUAAUUGCAAAAUUAAAAGAAGCGAAAAUUGCCGAGGCCGUAGAUGUAGAAGUUGAAAAACCUGAAAGCACUUCCUGGCUUGACAAAGUCAACCCUUUUUCUAAAAGUCCAAAAGCUUGA